AUGCAAACACACAGCUAUCCCAGUUACGCAGCAAACUCUCUCUCUCUCUCUCUCUCUCUCUCACUGUCUCUCUCUCUUUCCUCUCUCUCUCGAUCGCACUCUAUUUUUCACUCUCACCUUUUUCUCUCCCCCCUCACUCCUUCCUCUUUUUUCUCUCUUCUUUUUCCAUCGCUCUUCCCCCCUCUCUCUCUCUCUCUUCCCCUCUCCUUGGCUCUUGCUCUCCCCUCUUUCUUUGCUCUCCCCCUCUCUCUUUCCCUCCCUCUCCCCUCUCUCUCACGCCAUCAUUCUACCUCUCUUUCUUCUUCUAUCUCUCUCGCUCUCUCCUUCUCUCCGUCUUAUUCUCCUCUCUCUCUUCCUCUCCCCUCUUUCUUUCGCUCUCACUCUCGAUCUCUUUCUCUUUUUACGCUCUCCUACUCUCUCCCCCUCCCGCUCCCCUCUCUCGCGCUCUCUCUUCCUCCCUCUCUUUGCUCUCUCUCCUUCUCUUUCCCUUCCUCUCUUCACUCUUUCUUUCUCUCUCUCUCUCUCGCCCUCCCUCUCCCUUCUCUCUCGCUCUUUUACUUCCUCUCUUUCUUCUUCUCUCUUUCUCGCUCUCUCUUUUCUCCCCUCUCUCUUGCUCUCCCCUCUUUCUUUCUUUCGCUCUCACUCUUGAUUUCUUUCUCUUUUUCACUCUCACCUCUUUCUCUCCCUAGCACUCUUACUCUCUCUCGCCCUCCCUCCCUCUCUCCUCUCUCUCGCUCUCUUUCUUCCUCUCUUCCUUCUUCUCUCUUCCUCGCUCUCUCUUUUCUUCCCUCUCUCUUGAUCUCCCCUCUUUCUUUCCACUCUUACUCUCUCUUUCUCGCCUUCCCUCCCCCUCUCCUCUCUCUCGCUCUUUUUCUUCCUCUCUUCCUUCUUCUCUCUUCUUCGCUCUCUCUUUUCUCCCCUCUCUCUUGUUCUCCCCUCUUUCUCUCGCUCUCACUCAUGCCUUCUCUCUAUGUCUUUGUACAUAACCGUUUAUUUUUCUCUUUUACUGGAAUCUCUCAUUCCUUGUUUUUCUUCAUUAAUGGAAGUUUAUCGCCAAAUUUCGUCCCUUCUCAAAAUUCAGUCUUUAACAAUGUUUAUUUUUCAUUUUUCUUUGUUUCGUCUCUUUCAUUUUGUUACUUCAUUUUUUCUUAUACUUUCCUUCCUUUAUUUCUUCUUCAUUCUUCUUUCGUUCUUUCUUUCAUUCUCUUUCCCGCUCCUAUUUUUUCUCUUUUUCAAGAAUCUAUCUUGCCUUGGGUUUUUCCAUUAAUGGAAGUUUAUCACCAAAUUUCGUUCCUUUUCAAAAUUCAAUCUUUAACAAUGUUUAUUUUUCACUUUUCAUUUUUCUUUGUUUCGUUUCUUUUAUUCUUUUUUAUUUCAUUCUUUUUUUUUAUACUUUCCUUCCUUAAUUUCUCCUUCUUUUUUCUUUCAAUCCCUCUUUUCUUGGCUUUCUUCAUUAAUGGAAAUUCACCACCAAAUUUCGUUCCUUCUGAAAAUUCAGUUCUUCCCUUCGUUUCUCCUUCUUUUUUUCUUUCGCUCUUUCUUUCAUCCUCUUUCCCGCUCCUAUUUUUUUCUCUUUUUCUAGAAUCCAUCUUGACUUGGCUUUCUUCCUUAGUGGAAUCUUUAUACGUUCCUUCAUUUUUCUUUCGUUCUUUCUUUCAUUCUCUUUCCUAUUUCGGUGCAUUUCCAUUUUAUUUUUUUUCUUCACUUACUUCUUCACAUUCACUUGAUGAAUUUCUUUAUUCCGGUCGCCUUCUUCCUUAUUCAUCAAAUAUUAGAACGAUAAAAUACGUGUUUGUCUACAAAUCUUUUUCUCCAUGUCAUUCCCAAAUGUACAUCUAUCUAUCUAUCUAUCUAUCUAUCUAUCUAUCUAUCUAUCUAUCUAUCUAUCUAUCUAAGCCUGUGUCCUAUCUAUCUAUCUUCAUCUAUCUAUCUAUCUAUCUAUCUAUCUAUCUAUCUAUGUUAGCCUCCUGUAUCCUAUCUAUCUAUCUAUCUAUCUAUCUAUCUCAUCCUGUUUCAAUUUAUCUAUCUCUUCUCAUUCUCUUCAUCUAUCUAUCUAUCUAUCUAUCUAUCUAUCUAUCUUUCUCUAUCUAUGUUCAUAUCUAUCUUUCGGUUUUUUCAUUUUCUUUCUUUCCUUGA